GCGAUCUCUCUUGACGGCUUGGCACUUACACUUGACUACUUUCUGAAAUCAUGGCGCGUCUCGCAGGCUUGAAAUUCGCGCUUUUCUUCGGUACCCUCAGCGGCGCGUACGCCGCUGGACUCGUGAAGCUGCCUGUCCGUGCGUCGUUGGCGAACCCUACAGCACCUCUGGGCAACAAAGUCACCAAGUUGACUGUUUCCGUCACGACUGGGAACGACCAGACGUUCGACAAUGUGCUCGUCGACACGGGAAGCUCGUCGCUGUGGGUCGGCGCCUCGAGCCCGUACGUCCCGGGUCCGAACUCGAAAGCUACCGGCGAGACCUUUGGCGCUGGCUACCAAGAGGGCAGUGCGACCGGCCCGGCGUACCUGGACACUGUGACCAUCGGCUCUGCGACGGUGACUAACCAGUACGUCGGCGCUGCGAACCAAACCUCAUUUCCUGUCAACCUCAAUCCUCUGGACGGCUUCAUCGGCCUGUCGUUCAACGGUUCGAAUGCACACACGAUCAGCGGUAUCGACAAACCCACCAACACGUUCCUGGACAGUCUUGUACAGGAGGGUGUCAUCGGGCAGGCGCUGUGGAGCAUGGUCGUCCCGGCACUCGAUGUUACGGCCGGACAGCAAGUCGGAGAGGGCGAGAUCGUGUUUGGUGGGUACGACGCGAGCAAGGUGGAGGGCGAGAUCGCCUGGCUGGGCGUCACCAAUGAUUUCAACCAGUUCACGUGGGCCUUCAGCAUGGAUGGCAUAUACUUUGGUGACAGUCAGAUCUCCAACGACGGUCCGCUGUUCGUCUACACGGACAGCGGAGGCAUUGGGCUGAGUCUCAACGUAGAUAGCUAUCUUGCGAUCCGAAACUCGGUCCCGGGUGCAGCAGACGCGUCCAUCAGCCCCGUUGCCUCCAUCCUCGCGUUCCCCGCAAACACCUCCCUAGCAAACCUGCCACCGAUCCACUACUCGAUGGCCGGCCAGAACUUCACACUCACGCCCGAACAGUACAUCGUCCCGUCCAGCGCGUACGCCGCGCUCAACAUCACGGACGACGGCCGGCACUACACGUGGUUUGAGAGUGCUGGCUUCCAGGCGGACGCAAUUCUGGGCCAGGCGUGGCUCCAGUUCUUCUACUCGAUAUAUGACGUCGGCAACACGAGGAUCGGGUUUGCGAACUAUGCUUGAGUGGAGAUGUGGUUGCGGGGUGGCUAGGGCGACGUAGAGCACGUCUUCGCCCGAGAUGCUGCCUAGGCUCUUCUUGAUUGUAUCAUCAUCCCUCGUCAGGAUGCGAUGGCAACACAUAUCUCAGCGUAUCUCGUCGCAUGUCCUCUGCCGCUGCAAGUUCCGCUGCGCCCAAUCUGUCGGAAGCUCUGCGGGCUUCUCAACAUGAUCCUGGUCGUUCCCUGUCGAUAUCGUAUCUCCGUUUUGACAGGAGAAUACCAAUCAAGGACACCUUUUAUGUUGAUUUAUUGCAGUUUUCGACGAUCUCCCCCACUCUGUUAUCCAGGAUGAGGCAGAGACGACGAUGGCAACGUACGCUUGGGAUAAAUAUUCCGCCGGGCUUCGUAGCAGCACUCACACGAGUCCAAGCCUCGCGCGGAAAAUGUCUCAAGCAAUGGCACCCUCGUGCAGCUCGAGCGUGGCGACCUUGAGAGUAGACAUGGGCGUGGGACAGCAUGUGAGUAAGACUUUGCCCGCCUUAACGCGCUCAUCGACGGACAGCGAGGCGUUCU